AUGGCUACCAACACAUGGUCUGAAGCUGAAACUUAUAAACUUAUUGAACUGUGGGGAGAUGACAAGAUCCAGAGUCAAUUGGAAGGUUGUAAACGGAAUAAAACAGUCUAUGAAAGAGUAGCUUGCUCCAUGUGUGAUGCUGGUUUCGAUAAGUCAGCAGAACAGUGUAGAGAGAAGGCCAAGAAACUAAAAGGAGAAUAUAAAAAAAUCAAGGACAAACACAGAGUAACUGGAGAAGGAAGAAGAAAGUGGAAAUUUUUAGAUGCUAUGGACAAUGUGUUAGCUGAUAAACCUUCUCAGCCAUCAGCGCUAAUUGAUACAUUGUCUGAAGACACACAUGAUACAAACCACCAUUUUGAAAAUGAUAAACAAAGUGAUAAACACUCUGAUUGUCCUGUCACUUCUGAUGAAAGAGCUUCUUUAGCAGAGAGUGAAGUAACUAGUCUACAAAACUUGAUAAAUGAUGCCUCGUAUUCUCAAGAUAGCCCUGUUACGAGUGGAGCAGAGAGUAAAGUGACUCACUUUAUUUCACCUAUACAUAAAUGCAAGAAGAAAUGA